CAUCAGGUAGAUUAACACAGGGUGUUUAUUAGGUAGAGAAUGUCUUUCUCUAUUCUCUUUACAUUAGUUUUAACAUGGCAUCUGUUCUGUGCAUCCGCCACUUCAAUCAAACUUGAGAAUGGUGGCUAUGAAGACAUUGUUAUUGCAAUUAAUCCAGGACUGCGAGAGAAUAUCAAAAUUAUUGAAAAUAUUCAGAAUAUGAUAAAAGAGGCUACACCGUAUUUAUUCAAUGCUACAAGGAACAGAGUCUAUAUAAGAAGUGUAAAAAUCUUAAUUCCUAUGACUUGGUCAAACAAGAACUAUACAAAGGCAAGAACAGAAACCUAUAAUAAGGCAGAUGUGAUCAUUGCCAGCCCCCAUCUCAAGUUUGGAGAUGACCCAUAUACCUUGCAGUAUGGUGGUUGUGGGGAACCAGGAAAAUACAUUCAUAUGACACCGGACUUCUUGCUGGAUGAUAAGCUGGUUUCUGUUUAUGGACCUCGAGGGAGAGUGUUUGUACACGAAUGGGCUCAUCUACGAUGGGGCGUCUAUGAUGAAUACAACUAUGAAAAACCUUUUUAUAUUACUGCCGAUAAGAAUAUAGAAGCAACAAGAUGUUCUGCUGAUAUCACUGGUACCUACGUAAAACAAUGUCAAGGAAAAACCUGCAACUGCAUCCGUGACCCACAAACAGGCCUUUAUGAAGAUGGCUGUGUCUUUGUACCUGAAAGAAACCAGGCUGCCAAAGCAUCUAUCAUGUAUUUACAGGCAUUGCCUUCUAUUACUGACUUUUGUGAGAAGGACCAUAACACUGAGGCUCCAACAUUGCAGAACCGGAUUUGUAACUCCCGUAGCACAUGGGACGUCAUUAUGAACUCCACGGACAUAAAGUCCACUCCUCCAAAUGCCGAUUUUGAUCUUCCAGUUCCCACCUUCUCGCUGCUGCAGGGUUCUGAUAGAGUUGUGACUCUGGUGCUUGAUGUGUCUGGAAGUAUGGCCAGUGAUAAUCGAAUUGGGCGACUGUACCAGGCAGCAGAAGUGUUUCUUAUGCAGAUUGUUGAAGAGGGCUCUCAUGUUGGGAUUGUCACCUUCUCAACCUCUACAUCUGUCCUUUCCAAAUUGGUACAAGUAAUUGAUGACACUCAGCGGAAUAAACUAAAGCUUCUCCUUCCAACAACUGCUGCUGGUGGAACAAACAUUUGCCUGGGAAUUAGGGAGGGCAUCAAGGUAAACAAACAAUAUGAUGGAUCAUCUUACAGCACUGAACUAGUCCUCCUAACAGAUGGAGAAGAUAACGAUGACACAUCUUUGUGCUUUAAGGAUAUAACUGAUAGUGGAGCGAUCAUUCAUGUCAUUGCUCUGGGUCCAAAUGCAGAACUUGAACAAAUUGUAGAUAUGACAGGAGGAUUACGCUUUCUAGCAAUAGAUAAAGUAGAUGCUCAAGGAUUAAUUGAUGCUUUUAUCAGCCUGACAGCUGGAGAUGGGGCAACUGCCCAGCAGGCUAUUCAGCUGGAGAGCUCUGGCUCAGUUCUUCAACCAAGUGAUUGCUCAAGUGGCACUGUCUUUAUUGACAAGACAGUGGGGAAUGGAACGUUCUUUCUUAUCACGUGGGAAACCUUAGAACCGUUAAUCUUUUUAAUAAACCCAAAUGCAAUCGUAUACACAUCUAAGCAUUUUACCCCCGACAAAACUUCAAGAUCUACUAGACUUGAAAUCCCAGGAACAGCUGAGAGAGGAGCUUGGCAAUACAAUCUGUGCAAUACUCAUACAGCAAGUCAAGCCAUAGGCAUUGUGGUGACAUCUAUGGCAGCAGAUGAAAAUGUACCUCCGAUUACAGUGAAUGCUCAUAUGAAUCGGGACAACAAUCGUUUCCCUGAGCCAAUGGUUGUCUAUGCAUCAGUAAAUCAAGGACUAUUGCCUGUGGUAAAUGCCAAUGUAACAGCCAUUAUUGAGUCAGUGAAAGGAAAAUCAGUCACUUUAGAACUCUGGGACAAUGGAGCAGGUGCCGAUACAGUAAGAAAUGAUGGAAUCUACUCAAGAUACUUCACAGAAUUUGAUGAAAAUGGUCGAUACAGUUUAAAAGUGCGAGUAGAAAACAGCAAAAUGAAAAGCAGACUGGCACUGCCAAGAAGCCGAGCCCUUUAUAUUCCCGGCUUUGUAGAAAAUGGGCAUGUAGGGUUGAACCCAUCAAGGCCAGUAAUUAAUGAUGAUGAACUUAACCUGGGAGAAUUCAGUAGAACAGCUUCCGGUGGAUCUUUUGUAGUAAAUAAUAUUGUGCCAGGUGACAGACCUGACUAUAAACCUGACAAAGUAACUGACUUGGAUGCAAGAAUAGAAGGAAAAACAAUUGUGUUGACUUGGACAGCAACUGGGGAUGACCUGGACCAAGGAUUAGUUUCCGGAUAUGACUUAAGAAUGAAUACGAGUCCCAGUGAACUCAGAAAUAAUUUUGAUAAUUCUACAACAGUCAAUACUUCCAGUCUAAUACCACAAAUAGCUGGAUCCAGUGAAUCGUUUACAUUUGUUCAAGAUGAGAUCACAAUAGAAAAUGGCACCAUCAUUUAUUUUGCAUUUAUUGCUUUUGAUAAAAUUGCACAGAAAUCAGAUCUGUCAAAUAUAGCACAAGCUCUGCUUAUUCCUCCAACACCUGCUCCCACUACAGUCGAGUCGUCACCUGCUCCCACUACAGUCCAGGCCUCAACUGAGCCCACUACAGUCCAGUCGUCACCUGCUCGUACUACAGUUCCACCUUCCAAUAAAAGUUCUGAAAGCCUGAAUAUAACAUUCCUUAGUCUGAUAAUUUGUUCAUUUGUAAAACUGGCAUUAUUAUAAGUAUUACAGUGUGUUACUAACUGCAGUGAAAAAAUAAUCCAGGCAUGAUACUGUAAAUAAAUAUUAAUUAUUUACAAUAAACUGAACAUGAUCAAACUGCA